AUGGAAGGAGCUGAACUCUGCUUCCCAGAACUCCUCAACACCUCCUGCAGUAAACCAAACUAUUCCCCCUCUGAUAUGAUGUUCUUUUCUAUUAUUGUUUGUCUUAUUUCUUUUUUCAUAAUGAUUCUGAACUUGCUGGUCAUCAUUGCUAUCAUGCACUUCAGGCAGCUUCACACCUCCACAAACGUUCUCCUUCUUUCUCUGGCUUUCUCAGAUUUCAUUAUGGGUUUUCUGUUGUUCUUUCAAAUUUACUUGAAUGACUGCUGGUAUCUUGGCAACAUAAUGUGUGCUUUGAUUACUGUUUUAGGUUUUACUGUUGCAUCGACCUCAGUACAGACUAUGGUCCUCAUUUCAAUUGACCGCUAUAUAGCCAUCUGUGAUCCUUUACAUUAUCCCACUAAGGUUACUCUAAAAAGAACCCAAGUGUCUGUUUCUGUGAGUUGGACUUGUUCUCUUGUUUAUUCCACUGUAAUUUUAAAGGAGAAUCUGGAACAACCAGGCAGAUUUAAUUCAUGUGUUGGAGAGUGUACAUUUGAGAUAGGCCUCACUGGAUUUAUUGUUGAUCUCUUAUUUGUUUUUCUUCUUCCUAUUACUAUAAUCAUAAUUCUGUAUGUUACAGUCUUUGUGGUGGCUGUGUCUCAGAUUCGGGCCAUGCGCUCUCAUGUUGCAGCCGUCACACAUCAGAGUUCAGGAAAAGGAAAACCGAAGAAAUCUGAAAUAAAAGCUGCCAGGACUCUUGGGGUUGUUAUAAUUGUGUUUCUGUUGUGCCUUUGUCCAUAUUUUUGUGUCUCAGUUCUGAGCCCAGAGAGUAUAUUCAGUAGUUUAUCAGGUGCAUAUCUCCUAAUAUUAUACUAUGUUAAUUCCUGUCUAAACCCUCUGAUUUAUGCAUUAUUCUACCCCUGGUUUAGAAAAUCUAUCAAAAUUAUUGUUACACUUAAAAUUCUCAAGUCUGGCUCGUCAGAUGCAAACUUACUGUAAACCUAAAUAAUGUAUAUUACUUUGUUAAAGUAUAAUUAAUCAUUUUGACACAUAUGAACUUAAUCUUCAAUGUAUUUCAAUGUAAUGUACAUAAUAAUGCUGACAUAUGAAGUAACAGUGAAGGUUUUGGUGACAGGACUGAUUCUUUAUAGCACUUUUCUUGUUACAUUAACCACUGAAAUCGCUUUUCACAAGAUCUACUGUACAUUUUAUAUGCAAGCAUCCAUUCACCCACAUUAUUAUUGAUAGUUUCACUUUAUUUCAGAUCCUUCAUUUUGGUUCAGAAAAUGUUUAGACAUUAACUCAAGUCGCUCUUUCAUUAAUAUUGUCCACCAUUGCCACAAGCUGUCAUAUACUGCAAGUUGAGUGCAUAUGCUUAUGUGUAUGUGUGUUAUGAAGAACGGAUCCAUAUUGUGUUUUCCUAACUUGUCUCUGUCAUUAUAGUACAUUAUAGUACAGUUAACCU